AUGGGCCGCAUGGGGAAAGUCCACGCUGCUUCAGUUGCGUCGAGUUGCAAGGGAACAUUCCCCAACAUCAAGCUUGCUGUUGUCGUGGGUGUCUGUGGUGCGGUGCCUCUUCCCAGGGGUCGUGGCGAAAUUGUCCUGGGUGAUGUCAUCGUGAGCGAGCGUAUCGAACAGUAUGAUUUUGGACGGCAAUAUACAGAGUCAUUUGAACCAAAGGACACUAAUUCGGACUCACUUGCGAGGCCCAGCGACCAGAUCGCCAACUUUCUAGCAAAGCUGAAAACCGCCAAAGGAAAAGCGACGCUUGAUGAGAAGAUGUCCGGUUAUCUAAAUACACUCCAACAGAUAUCUAAUUUGGCAGCAUGCUAUCCGGAGACAAAUCCAGACAUCCUUUUCGACGCAAAAUAUGAACACCGAGACAAGACUCUAUCGUGCCAAGAUGCAGACUGUUGCGGUGAAAAAGUGCCACGCGAUCGUCUCAUCAGCGGGACACCGAAGCCCGCGAUUCACAUUGGCCUUUUCGCCUGGGGAUAA